UGUCACAGUGAGUGUCACUCAGCCCAGCCAUGUCACAAACUGAUGUGGUUUAAUGAGCCAAUGUCUUCUACAAAGACUACUUGUGAUAAUGAUAAAGAACAUGAAUCAGAUCAAUGAGAGGAUAUUGGAUCUCACCCUGGAGAUCAUCUACCUGCUGACUGGAGAGCAUUAUAGCACGAGGUCUGGAGAAUGUGGGACUCGUAGCAGCAGUCCUCAUAUAUCGGCUGGAUCGUGCGGGACCCUGAACUCUGCUUCAGUGUCUCCACCUCACUUAUUGUUACAUGAGAAGAACAAUGACAAGAAGAUCCUGGAACUGACCUAUCGGAUCAUCCAGCUGCUGACUGGAGAGGUUCCUAUAAGGUGUGAGGAUGUCACUGUCUAUUUCUCCAUGGAGGAGUGGGAGUAUUUAGAAGGACACAAGGACCUCUACAAGAAUCUUAGCUCACUGGAUAAAUCUAUAUCCGGUUUAUUUAACGCUCCAUUUUCUUUGCCUGAUUUUGCAACCAAGCACCAAGCUGAAAAUAAAAACUAUAAUAGAGAGAAAUAUGUGAAAAAUGACAUCACGAGAAAAAGGCAAACUGACUCUAUAACAUGCUUGUCAAAAGAAUCCGUUUCAUAUGAAAAAAAACAUCUCACAAAUAAUAACAAAUACUUAACAUGUAAUCGAACAGACAAUGAUAUUUGUACAUCCUCAGAACAUCAAACUACUUUUAUUAAGGAGACCUCAUCCUCACGUGAUGAGGGGAACCUCACAGACAUUAAUACAAAGUUAGAAGAUAUAUCUGUCCUACAUUUUAAAUGCCCUGAUUGUGAGAAAUGUUUUGCACAUAGUUCUUCUCUCCUUAUACAUCAAAGAUGCCAUAAAGGAGACAAAUCGACCAGUUGUGAUGAAUGUGGGAAAUGUUUUACCCAGGCCUCACAUCUUAUGGCACAUAAAAGGGUCCACACUGGGGAGAAACCAUUCACAUGUUCUGAAUGUGGCAAGGGCUGCAAUGAUAGCACAAGUCUACUUUUACAUCAAAGAACUCAUACUGAGGACAGACCAGUCUUGUGUUCUGGAUGUGGAAAAUCUUUUGCAAAUGGCACAGAUCUUAUCGAACAUCAAAGGAUGCACAAAGGGGAGAAACCAUUUUUAUGUGUUGCGUGUGGUGAGCGCUUUACCCAUCAUUCCACUUUUGUGAGGCAUCAGAGGACUCAUACAGGGGAGAAACCAUUUUCAUGUUCGGAAUGUGGACAACAUUUUAACCGAAAGGCUAAUCUUGUUAGGCAUCAGAGAGGUCAUUCCGGAGAAAAACCUUUUAAAUGCCCUGAUUGUGAUAAAUGUUUUGCACAUAGCUCUUCUCUCCUUAUACAUCAAAGACGUCACAAAGGAGACAAACCAUUUUCUUGUGAUGAAUGUGGUAAACGUUUUACCCAGGCCUCACAUCUUAUUGCACACAAAAGGAUCCACACUGGGGAGAAACCAUUCACAUGUUCUGAGUGUGGUAAGGGCUACAAUGAUAGCACAAGUCUACUUAUACAUCAGAGAAUUCACACUGGGGAUAGGCCGUUCUCAUGUUCUGAAUGUGGGAAAUCUUUUGCAAAUGGUGCAAAUUGUGUUAAACAUCAAAGGAUCCACACUGGGGAGAAGCCAUUCUCAUGCCUUGAAUGCGGUGAGCGCUUUACCCAUCAUACCACCUAUGUGAGGCACCGAAGGACUCAUACAAGGGCAAAAUGAACCUUUUAUAUUCUGAAAUCUUAUUUGUCGUUCUUUUAAUCAAACGUACAUUUUUGUUGUUGUUUUUGUUUUUAUAAAUCUUGUUUAACCAGAGACAAACUGUUCUUUUGUUCAGAAUAUGGGAAAUGGGUAAGCGGUUACAACUGUGCCAAAUGGCAUCCUACUUGAGCUCCCAUGUCUUUAAUUACUUAUCACAUAUCUAAGAGUUGAGACCUUUGAAGAUGGCUGACAUACUUCGUAGUCUACAAAGUAGUUACUGUCUCUGCUAGACCAAUUAUUUGAAGAUUUCUUGCCGUGACUGAAAAACAAGACUUUAAUUACUGCCUAUUUCGUUUUCUUUAGAAAGCUUACUGUAAUUUUUUCUGUUUUAUUUUUAAGUUA